UAUAUACUCUCUCAUCUCUCAUCUUUUUCUAAUCUGCUCUUCACAUCUACUGUACAUUAACAUACAUAUCUCGAGCAUAAUUCCCUUAUAUACAUAGCUACCUAGCUUACAUCAAAGCGUACUAUCAACAUGGUCGACGUUCAGGCUCCCGUUCCUGUGCCCACUCAGCCUGAUAUCCAGUACCACCCCGACUUUGAGAAAUACACUGCUCGCACCUCGCGACGCCAGGCCACAGAAUCUCUUGAAAAGAGCUUACCUGACGGCUUCCCCGCACAAUUGAACUCGCCUCUGGUCUGGGAAGGAAAGGAUGUCGAAAAGCGAGACGACUGGAUCUACGCCUUCAACGACGCGCAAUUGGAUGAGAUUGAUGCUGCCCUGAAAAGCUUUAAAUCUCUCAAUCUUUCCCUCGGACACAUUAACAAAUCCACAUUCCCCUUACCUACCGUUGGUCCUAGUCUGCGGGAAUUGUCCAGGGAAUUGCAUGUCGGGCGCGGCUUCUUUGUCCUUCGCGGGCUGCGAGUAGACAACUACCCGCGCGAAGACAAUGUCAUCAUCUACGCCGGUAUCUCCUCUCACGUGGGCAACCUUCGUGGCCGGCAAGAAGAUACCAGAUUCGCCAACGGCACAUCUUUGGUGCUGUCCCACAUCAAGGACCUGUCGAGCACUGUCAAGGCCGGAACAAUUGGUGCUCCGUCCAACACGGCAGAUAAGCAAGUCUUCCACACAGACGCAGGUGACAUUAUCUCGCUUCUGUGCCUGAAUCCUGCUGUCGAGGGAGGCGAGAGCAAGAUUGCCAGCAGUUGGCUGGUCUAUAACAUUUUGGCCAAGGAGAGACCGGAUUUGAUUCACACUCUCUCAAAAGAUUGGCCUGUCGAUGGAUUCAACAACCCCCAAAAGCCGUAUACCCUCCGCCCACUCCUGUACCAUCAGCCCGCGACCGCUUCGACCCCCGAGCGGGUCCUGAUCCAGUACGCCCGACGAUACUUUACCGGGUUCCAGGCGCAGCCGCGCUCAAAAGAUAUCCCGCCCAUCAGCGAAGCCCAGGCCGAAGCGCUCGACGCACUACACUUUCUCGCCGACAAGCACAGCGCGUCACUGGAUUUCCAAAAGGGCGAUGUACAGUAUAUCAACAACCUCAGCAUCUUUCAUGCGCGUAACGGCUUCCGUGACGAGCCUGGAAAGGAACGCCAUCUCAUCAGACUCUGGCUGCGCGACCCCGAAAACGCAUGGGAGACGCCCGCCCCGCUCCGGCCCCGAUGGGACAAUGUGUACAAGGACGUCAAAGUCGACGAGCAAGUGUUUCCGCUCGAACCGCGCAUCAGAAGGACUGUUGGUUCUUAGUUGACUUUUGUUUUUGUUGCCAUACCUUUCAUCUCUUCCAUAUCUUCCAUCACUUGCAUACCUUACCUCCCUUCCAUCUUACGUCCCUUCCAUACCCUCUCUCUCUAUAUAUAGACCUUGACCUUUCUGUAUGCCAAUUCAAUCCUUUCCAAAAAGCACAUGACACAUGACACAUGAUACAUGACACAUAAAUAUCAAAAAUAGCAUGG